AUGCCCUCUGAUCUGGCCAAGAAAAAGGCAGCCAAAAAGAAGGAAGCUGCUAAAGCUCGACAGCGACCCAGGAAAGGACAUGAAGAAAACGGAGAUGCUGCUAUAAAACCACAGAUGGCAAAGAAGAAUUUGGAGGCCAAUGGCAGAGAGGCCACAGAAGUAGAUAUGCUGACCAAGGAGCUAGAAGACUUUGAAUUGAAGAAGGCUGCAGCUCGAGCUGUCACUGGCGUCCUAGCCUCUCACCCCAACAGUACCGAUGUCCACAUUAUCAACCUCUCACUCACCUUUCAUGGUCAAGAGCUGCUCAGUGACACCAAACUGGAAUUGAACUCAGGCAGACGCUAUGGUCUUAUUGGCUUAAAUGGAAUUGGAAAGUCCAUGCUGCUCUCUGCUAUUGGAAAACGAGAAGUGCCCAUCCCUGAGCAUAUUGACAUCUAUCAUCUGACUAGAGAGAUGCCACCUAGUGAUAAGACACCCUUGGAGUGUGUAAUGGAAGUGGACACAGAGAGGGCCAUGCUGGAGCAGGAAGCUGAGCGGCUUGCACAUGAGGAUGCGGAAUGUGAGAAGCUGAUGGAGCUGUAUGAGCGCCUGGAAGAGCUGGAUGCUGACAAGGCAGAGAUGAGGGCCUCCAGGAUUCUACAUGGACUGGGCUUCACACCUGCCAUGCAGCGCAAGAAGCUUAAAGACUUCAGUGGGGGCUGGAGGAUGAGGGUCGCCCUUGCCAGAGCCCUCUUUAUUCGGCCCUUCAUGCUGCUGCUGGAUGAGCCCACCAAUCACUUGGACCUCGACGCUUGUGUGUGGUUAGAAGAAGAACUAAAAACUUUUAAGCGUAUACUGGUCCUCGUCUCCCAUUCCCAAGAUUUUCUGAAUGGUGUCUGUACCAACAUCAUUCACAUGCACAACAAGAAACUGAAGUAUUAUACGGGUAACUAUGAUCAGUAUGUGAAGACGCGGCUGGAACUUGAGGAGAACCAGAUGAAGCGCUUCCACUGGGAGCAGGACCAGAUCGCACACAUGAAGAACUACAUUGCUAGGUUUGGCCAUGGCAGUGCCAAGCUGGCACGGCAAGCCCAGAGCAAAGAAAAGACACUACAGAAAAUGAUGGCCUCAGGUCUGACAGAACGAGUUGUGAGUGACAAGACAUUAUCCUUUUAUUUCCCACCAUGUGGCAAGAUCCCUCCACCGGUCAUUAUGGUACAAAAUGUGAGCUUCAAGUAUACAAAAGAUGGGCCUUGCAUCUACAACAACCUAGAGUUUGGUAUUGACCUCGACACACGAGUGGCUCUGGUAGGGCCCAAUGGAGCAGGGAAGUCAUACAUGAUGAAGUGCUACCCAGAAAUCAAAGAGAAGGAAGAAAUGAGGAAGAUCAUUGGGCGAUACGGUCUUACUGGAAAACAGCAGGUGAGCCCAAUCCGGAACCUGUCUGAUGGGCAGAAGUGCCGUGUGUGUUUGGCCUGGCUGGCCUGGCAGAACCCACACCUGCUCUUCCUGGAUGAACCCACCAAUCACCUGGACAUUGAAACCAUUGAUGCGCUGGCUGAUGCCAUCAAUGAAUUUGAAGGUGGCAUGAUGCUGGUCAGCCAUGAUUUCAGACUCAUUCAACAGGUGGCACAGGAAAUUUGGGUCUGUGAGAAGCAGACAAUCACCAAGUGGCCUGGAGACAUACUGGCCUACAAGGAGCACCUCAAGUCCAAGUUGGUAGAUGAGGAGCCCCAGCUCACUAAGAGGACCCACAAUGUGUGA